CCUGCGACCUAGGGCGAAGAGGCUAGCCAGAUUGGAGGUGGUGGCGCCUGGGAGCCCCUUCCUAGACUGAUAGAAGGCCUCUAAGUCCGGAAGUAGGAGGUGUGGCCUGAGAGUGAGAGACUACUAGAAAUGGCCACUGAGCACCACUUGCACAUGCACCCCGGGGGCAAGUGUCCCAGGUCCUGUGGGCAAAUGAUAGGAGAACUUGCUGUGAGAUUGUUCAUGGAGGGAGGUCCUGUUCCCAGCCUCAGCGGGCCCUGUUUGUUUUCUUGCCUUCUGGCCCUGCCCACUUCUGCAGCCCCGCCCCUGACCCCAGGUCCCUGUCCCACCUACCCUUAGAGCAAAUACUAGAGAGAGGUGAGGGUGAAAGUGUAGAAGAGUGGUUGGUGAGUAGGAUUGCCGAAGUGUCUCUGAAGCAGAUCUGUCUCUGGAGAUGCUGGAGACUGGAUAAGGUGCUCUACCGGAUGGGAUCGGGCAGGGCACGAUGCACCCGGAAGCUCCGGAACUGGGUGGUGGAGCAAGUGGAGAGCGGGAAGUUCCCAGGUGUGUGCUGGGACAACGCAGCUAAGACCAUGUUCCGGAUUCCCUGGAAACAUGCGGGCAAGCAGGACUUCCGGGAGGACCAGGAUGCCGCCUUCUUCAAGGCCUGGGCCAUGUUUAAAGGCAAGUACAAAGAGGGAGACCCAGGAGGCCCUGCUGCCUGGAAGACUCGCCUGCGCUGUGCCCUCAACAAGAGUUCUGAAUUUGAGGAGGUUCCCGAGAGAGGCCGAAUGGAUGUUGCUGAGCCCUACAAGGUGUAUCGGCUGCUGCCACCAGGAGCCCCAUCUGCCCAGCCAGGGACCCGGAAAUCAGCAUCAAGGCGACACCACAGUUCUGUGUCUUUUGAGAGGGAGGAAGAUGAGGGUACCACAAAGAACUGCAUGGUCAAUUCCACCUCCCUCCAGGACUCCCUGGAUAACGUACCAUGUGUGCAGGAGGAGAUGGUGGCCACCGAGGAAGCAAGCCACUCAGACGCCGGGAACAGCAGCAGCAGUAGCAAUGGCGGCGGCAGCCCAGAGCCGCAGGAAGGUGCGAAUGUAACUGAGGCUGCUAUGCAGGGGGAUACGGUGGCCUUGGAGCUUCUGCUCCCUCCAGACCCAGACUACUCGCUGCUGCUCACCUUCAUCUACAACGGGCGUGUGGUGGGUGAAGCCCGGGUGCACAGCCUCGACUGCCGCCUCGUGGCUGAGCCCUUAGGCUCUGAGCGGAACAUGGAGCAGGUGGUGUUUCCCAAGCCUGACCCCCUGGAGCCCACGCAGCGCCUGCUGAGCCAGCUGGACCGAGGCCUCCUGGUGGCCAGCAACUCCCGAGGCCUCUUUGCUCAACGGCUUUGCCCCAUCUUCGUCUCCUGGGAUGCACCGCAGGUCCCGCCUGGGCCAGGCCUGCAUCUGCUGCCCAGCAAUGAGUGUGUGGAGCUCUUCAAAACUGCCUACUUCUGCAGAGACUUGGCCAGGUACCUCCAGGGCCUGGGCCCCCCACCCAAGUUCCAGGUGACACUGAAUUUCUGGGAGGAGCGCCCCGGCCCCAGCCACACUGCACAGAGUCUUAUCACAGUGCAGAUGGAGCAAGCCUUUGCCCGACACUUACUGGAGACCCCAGAGGAGCAGGCAGCCAUUCUGUCCCUGGUGUAGGGCAUGGGAACCCACCUUCCGCCCCACCCCUCCGCUCCCACUCCUGUCUCUCUUGAAACAGACUCAUUCAUUGUCUGCACUGUUGGCCAGUGCCUCCCUUCGUGAUCGCUCUCAGUGCUGUGGUAGUUACAUCCUUGAACUCUUCACACCGUGGCUGGUGGAGAGCUCAAGGAUACUUUUUAUUUUAAACACAUUUUUUGAAAUAUACCCUGUUUCAUCUCUAAAGGACUGGGAAAUUCCAAAUGAUGUGAACUCAGGGGCCCUCUCCUUCCCUCAACCCUCAACUCUAAAGCCAAGCACUUUAUAUUUUCUUCCUAGGUCUUCACUAAGAAUUAAAAAUAAAGUUUUAUUGAAAGAGGAAUCAGCAUUUAG